UAUGCUAAAGAGAACAGAAGAAAUAAAGCAGCAGUACAUUUUAACCUUGAUGCUAGUAUAGUUGAUUAUUGGAUUAAAGCAAGCGCAACUGAAGAAAAAUUAUAUACUUGGUUGAUAGAACAGAGAAAACAGGGACUAGCAGCUACUUACACAAUGUUGCGAGUUAAAAUGUUAGAACUUUUAGAAGAACCUGAAAUAACAAAUCCAUAUAAUUUAUCAAAGGAUUUUAAAACAUCGGACUGUUGGUUAUCUGCAUUUUUAAAAAGAUAUAAAUUAUCUUGGAGACGGCGUACAAAAAUUUCCCAAAAACUUCUCGAACAAACUCAAAAAUCGUUAAAUAAAUUUUAUAACUUGGUUACUGAACUUAAAAAUAAGAAAUCAUAUGAGCUUUGCAAUAUACUUAAUAUGGACGAAACUCCCGUUUGGUUCGAUAUGGCAGAGAACUUUACAGUUGACCAACAA